AUGCUGCGUGAGACGUGGUGCGAUACCGGCAGAAACAAGCCAUUCCUGAGCAUCGUCCAGACGGACGACGCGAGGCGCACUGCAAGCAAAUAUGCGCCGCCCCUCCUCCUGAGCUCGGGCUUUCCCCGGGGCUCGCCCAAACUUGAAGCUGCGCGCCGAGACCUGCAGCGUGCACGCUACAGCAUGUCCCCACGCACCACAAUUACCGUGCGCGCCCUCCACGAGCGGGCGCCCUUUUUCGAGGUCAUCUGUCACCUAGCAAUUUUCUUGCGGUAUCCGAGUUCUAGUCAAUUCCACGCGCGAACCGGCGGCGUCAAGCAACACGCUACUUCGCUGGUCGAGGCACCUUAG